GGGCCGGGGGCGGCGGGCGCCGCACUCGCUGAGGCCCGACGCAGGGCCGGGCGCCCAGGGCCGGAGCGCAGGCCGGAGCGGCCCGGAGGCGACGCCGGGGCCACGCGCGCGACGAGCAGGCCUUCAAGGUGGAAACCUCUAAGGACGGUCUCUUCCACGGGCUGUGCUGAUCCUGGGCCUCGGACAGCUGUUCUCAGUGAAGGCCCUUGCACUCGCUCCUGAGUAGCGACCAUGGGCCUGCUCGCCUACCUGAAGACCCAGUUUGUCGUGCACCUCCUCAUCGGGUUCGUCUUCGUGGUGAGCGGGCUGAUCAUCAACCUCAUCCAGCUGUGCACGCUCGCUCUCUGGCCCGUGAACAAGCAGCUCUACCGCCGGCUGAACUGCCGCCUUUCCUACUCGCUCUGGAGCCAGCUGGUCAUGCUGCUGGAGUGGUGGUCCUGCACGGAGUGCACUCUGUUUACUGACCAGGCCACCAUGGACCACUUGGGGAAGGAGCACGUGGUCAUCAUCCUCAAUCACAACUUCGAGAUCGACUUCCUCUGCGGGUGGACCAUAUGUGAGCGGUUCGGCGUGCUGGGGAGCUCCAAAGUCCUGGCCAAGAGGGAGCUGCUGUACGUGCCCCUCAUCGGCUGGACGUGGUACUUCCUGGAGAUUGUGUUCUGCAAGAGGAAGUGGGAGGAGGACCGGGACACCGUCAUCGAAGGGCUGAAGUGCUUGGCCGACUACCCCGAGUACAUGUGGUUCCUCCUCUACUGUGAGGGUACACGCUUCACGGAGAAGAAGCACCGCGUCAGCAUGGAGGUGGCCGCCUCUAAGGGGCUGCCCGCCCUCAAGUAUCACCUGCUGCCUCGCACCAAGGGCUUUACCACCGCGGUCCAGUGCCUGCGCGGGACAGUCGCCGCUGUCUACGAUGUCACUCUGAAUUUCCGGGGAAACAAGAACCCGUCUUUGCUGGGGAUCCUCUACGGGAAGAAGUACGAGGCGGAUAUGUGUGUGAGGAGGUUUCCUCUGGAGCAGAUCCCACAGGAUGAAAAGGAGGCGGCUCAAUGGCUUCACAAACUGUACCAGGAGAAGGAUGCCUUGCAGGAGACGUAUAACCAGAAGGGUGUGUUUCCAGGGCAGCGGUUCAAACCCGCCCGGCGGCCGUGGACGCUCCUGAAUUUCCUCUUCUGGGCCACGGUUCUCCUGUCUCCUCUGUUCAGCUUUGUCCUGGAUGUCUUUGCAAGUGGCUCUCCCCUCCUGAUCCUGAUGUUCCUGGGCUUCGUUGGGGCAGCUUCCUUUGGAGUCCGCCGGCUAAUAGGAGUAACUGAAAUAGAAAAAGGCUCCAGCUACGGAAACCAAGAAUUUAAGAAAAAGGAGUAAUUAAUGGCUGUGAUUGAACACACAUAAUCUGACGGUGGUAUCUGAUUAACUCAAUUAAAAACGACAACACAUACGGAGAGGAAAAAAGACACUUAGAAACUAUUUUUCUUAUUAACUGGUGACUAAUAUUAACCAAUAAACUUGAGCCAAGAGUAAA